GGGGAAAUCCAGAGAGCAGAGAGAAAAACUCUAAAGGAAGCUAUUUCUUUCUGCUUACUUUCCUGUAUCAGGCCAGCCUGACUGUGGGUGGAGACUUGGCCAUAUUCCUAGGGCUUUUCUUUUGGUAAGUCUGGUUGCAGACAGAGGGAGAAAGAGGGUCUAUGUGAAGAAGGUCGGCUCCCCCUCUGCUACUGGAGAAGUCAGGAUUUGCCAGGGAAUCGUCUCCAGCUCAGAUCAACUCCUCCUCUACAGGCAGUCACUGCCACGACAUACAGCCUGAGCUGCAGCCAGAGCAGGAAUGCUUCCUCCAUCAGGGCUGGAGAGUCAGUGAGGCAGGCAAAGACGACUCCAUCAAGGAGCUGGGGUAGCCUUCCCUGCAGCCCGCACUGCCAGGUGUGGCUCGCCUGCCCUAGUGGGAGGCCCAGGCCGUCUCCACCACAGGAGGGCUCUGUGGACUGCACCCACAGGAGCCGAGGUCACGCUGGAGGUGGGAACCUGGAGCAAAUCACAUGGUGGCAGCUGUAUGCAAGGGAGCAGAUUGGUCUGUCCCUCGAUCUCAGUCAGAAGAAGAAUAAACUUGCUUCUAAAAGAAAAUGGACCACAGAACACUGCCUUUGGCUGAAUGGAAAGAGAGCCAUGUUAGAUGCUGGCUAGAGUCUAUUGGCAUUAAGAAAGAAUAUGUAGACAAGCUAUAUGAAGAGGAAGUAACUGGCCCAGUGCUCAAAGAAUUAGAUGAAGGUUUCCUCAAAAGCAUAGGUAUGAAAGGGGGUCAGAUCCACAUACUGACACGCAAAAGAAAUGAACUUCUGGAGCACCUUCACAAAAAUACAGGGUUGGACUUGGCUCUAGCAAAUGAUUCCAGCAAAAAGGCUUCAGAAGCAUUGGUUUGUGAGAGCACAAACAAUGCUGGGAAAAAGAAAGGAAAAAGCAGGAAUUCUGCUCCACGUACAACCACCAACAUACAAACCAGAGAGGGAGUCGGUGACUUAGGAACAAUCAGUGUGACACAACUGGAAGAUGCAUCAAAUUCUCAAGUAACUCAUCCAAGUGGAGCUUCAGAAAUAGAUGCAUCUAGUCCAGGAGGAAGUAUUAGCAAAAAAGACACAGAAAAAACAGAGGCUACUCUUGACAGGGCAGGAGGUAGAAAAAGUCGCUCACUGCAUGAAAAUACAGCUGAAGCUAUAACUCUGAGCAAGUUUAGACCAUUUAGAAGUGACAACAUUAAUUUUAAGUAUGUGAAAAACAAUGUUCUUGGUCCAGAAACAGGAAUCACCGAUUUGAUCACCCCUUGUCACGAAUAUAAGUCUCUAGCUAUUGCUGCCGAGUUGGACAGGCAACGACUGCAAGCAAAGUUAGCCUAUGAAGUUAUUCGAUUUGCCUCAGCUUGCAUGAAUGUUCGAACAAAUGGUACCAUACACUUUGGGGUUACGGACCGGGAUGAAGACAAGGGCUGGAAACAUGGACAGAUAGCUGGUGUGAAGGUCAGAGACAGAGAUGCCUAUGUGGAUGCAUUAGAUUACAUAGAAAGAUGUUUUGACCAGUCGGAGCAAGAAGCUGCCAGACUCUGCAUUCACCCUCCUAUUUUUGUUGAAGUGAUUCAGAAAGACUCUCAGGAACAAACCUUUGUGGUGGAAGUUGACAUUGAACCAUCAUCCAGCAUAGCAAAUGGGAGGGUUUUUCAAGUGCGCUUACCUAGAUUUAACCAAGACAACAAUAAGGUGAUUAUAGAAAAACAUCCAGUUUUCUAUCAAAGAGUAGGAGCAAAGUCAGAGCCUGUGAAGACUGAAGAACUAGUGCCUUUUAUUAAGGGUUUGCAAGAAAGGGAUGCGAGAAGAGAAAAGGCCGAAUCCUCCAGCAGAGAGGACCACGAUGGAAUUUCUCAAGACUUAGGGCGGAAAUUGUCAAUCCUACUGACUGAUGGCAAGAACUAUAUAAAUGAUUCUUUAUGGUACAUCCUUGUCACUAACAGGUGUAGGAAAGAAGAUCUGAAACAUGUCAAUUUUUUAAUGCGCAUGAAUAUUUUCUGUGUUUUUGACUUUGAUGAGGAUUCCAACGUGUCAGGCUUGUAUGCCCAGUUCAAAAAGCAUCAUGCGACAAGCUCACAUUUCUUGCAUGAUUACUCCAAUGAAAACAAGAUGACCACCACUCAGUUUCAAAAACAUCUGUGCCUGUUUGAUCACACCAGCUGGAUAUUUUGCAAUGGACGCAGCGACUACCAUGGGAGUGAAAAACCCUGUGAUGAAAACACUUGGAUUAGGACUAAAAAGAAAUACCUUAAGAAAGCAAUUUCUUUCAUCUGUGAUGAAAUUCUUCCCAAGAGCUCUUUCGUGGUGCUGUUCCUAUUGUUAUCACCUGUGGAAAAACCCAUUGUAGACACCUUCCAGGAGUUCUAUACAGAAAUGAAUGGCAUGGAAUAUAUCAUGUGCAUUGCAGAGUCCAGAGAAGAUUAUGAGAAGUGGGCUAAUCUAGCUCAGGCAUCUUGUAGUAUUGAGACGCUGGAACAGAAGAGCAUUGUAGGCAUGAAGCUAAGUCAUGUAGAUGCCACUAUUCAAACUAUGAUGUCUUCUAAGACGUGUGCCAGACAUUUACCAGUUUCUACCAGAGGGUUGUGUGUGCUUCCAACACUGGAAGAAGAGAAAAUGUUCUCCCUGGAAAUACUGUGUGUAAAUCAAUGUGAUGAUAUCAAACUGGAUCUUCUGACUGCAAGCGAAAUACAAGAGAUAGAACAAACAUUUUAUCAAGGGAGAAGAGUCAGCUGGAAAAAUUUCUGGCUUGCUGACAAAGGAAAGUGUGGGGAAGUCAUUGAGCGUGAGGCCUGCAAGGAUGUCAGCAAAAUCUUGGAUGAGAUGCUGCAUGGAACUCGAAUCAGAUACUCUGUGACUAAAGUGAAAAUAUUUCAUCAUCCUGGAAGUGGCGGUAGUACCAUUGCAAGACAAGUACUAUGGAAGAGAAGGAAGGAUUUAAGGUGUGCUAUAGUCAAAUCCUCAUACCCAGUAGCAACUGUCUGUCAGCAUGCAGUUAAUUUUAGAAAAUAUGAGGAAAAAGAUACCAAUCAUUGUCCUCCAGUCCUCCUCCUAAUUGAGGACUAUGAUGAAGACUUUGUGGAUGAAUUAAAGAAUGAUUUAUUGGAUGCUAUAGCAGUUAGCAAAGUUCAUUCUUCCAGGAGUUGUUUCAUCCUCAUGUGCUGUAAGCGAUCUAAUGACCCUGAAAAACGUUGCAAAGAUUCUCCCCUGGAUACAGUUGCUGUCACUCACAAACUGACAGAGAAGGAGAAGAGUUUGUUCAAAACCAAACUUGAAAGAUUUACAACGCAGAAAGAUUUCAAGCCAGAAUUUAUCCUUACCUUUGUCCUGAUGUGUGAGGAGUUUAAAGAAACUUAUGUGAGGGAGUUUGUACAGCACUUGUUGCAAGGUAUAGAUCUUUCUUCCCGUGAUACUAGUUUGAUGAGGUAUGUUGCUUUGCUCAAUUUCUACGUGCACAAUUCAUAUGUUUCACUGUCACACUGUGAGGCUUUCCUGGGCCUUGGGGCAUAUACAGAAAAGAGGGCACGAGAGCAUGAUUUCAGAAGUCACUUAAGUGAACAAGCAAGAGUUAUUUUCAUUGAACUACGAGAAGAUAUCACUUAUCUUUCAUCUGUUCAAAUAAUACAUUACCUGGUUGCAAAAGAAAUUUUACAGCAGCUUUCAGGAGAUCUGCCUCAGAGUCAAAUUGCAAUGAGUCUCCUUCAGGAAAAAGUGCUUUUUCAGCAUAGGUUUGGCCGAGAAGAGUUCAUAAAGUUCAUCAGAGAUCUGUUUAUACGACGCGAUAAGAAGAGUAGGGGAGACAACACUGACAGCCUCUUCUCUCCAUUCAUUGAGCAUGUGUGCAGCUUUGAAGACUGUGAAAAAGCUAUAGCUGUUUUAAAAGCUGCCUACGAAUGUCUGGGAAAAGAUGCUUUCUUUGCCCAGCAGCUUGCUAGGCUGCAUUACAAUCAUGACAAGUUUGAAGAUGCUGAAUACUGGGCAGGUGUUGCCAAAUCUCAUUUGCCAUAUGAUUCUUUUAUUUUGGACACCGAAGGACAAGUGUACAGAAGAUGGUUUAGUUUUACUGUGGACAAAAUGACAGAGGAGGCCACCCCUGAAGAGGCUAUUCAGAAAAUAGAAAUUGCCCUUAAAGCGAUGAAAUGCUUCCGGGCUGCACAACAGGCUGCAAAGUUAGAAAUAGACACCAUGAACAAUGCUGGUUACUUUGGAGAAGUAGAAGUAGGAUGUCGUCUGCUAAAAUUUCUGUCUACACUUGAAGUGUUCCCUAGAAACACAGAAGGGGAACAUUCAGAACUUGUGCGUUAUCUGAUAUCUGACUACAUUCCUGAGAGCAUUAAAAAAUCCUGGGGAAAACUUCACAGCCGUUUGAAAGGCUUACGCCAGAAUAUUUAUAAUGCCCUGGAAUGGAUUUCAGAAGAUCUAAGUUACUUUCAAACAGAUAAAAACCAGGAAAAAGAUGAUGAGGCAGAGGUGGGACAGGAGAGGGAAGAACAAGUUUACAAUCCUAGAAAGUGGUUGAAAAGACAAUCAGAAGCUUAUGCCAAGUUCUUUAUCUCAAAGUCCCUUGUUGAGGAAAAUAAUGCAGGACCUGAAACUCAGCUUCUCAGACGCAUGAACAUUUAUAGGAAUGGCGGCGGCAACGUCACUACCAUUCUUUCGCUGCUGUCAGAUACGAAGGAGAAGAGAUCAGUUCAAAAACUGGAAACAAUAAUAAACUUUUAUGCAGAAGACCCACGGCUGGAGGAUAUUGAUCUCAUCAAUUACAUUUUGUCACACAUAACUUUAGCCUGUGUAUCCCCUGGGUCCUCCAAACUACUCCCAUUUCAAAAGCUGCGGGAACUCAGCAAGAGGUUCUUUAAACAGAGAAGAACAACAUUUCCAGCAAGCGCUUAUUUUUUGCUCACAUUGCUAUACUGGCCAGAUGAGGCAUUAGAUGGAGAACCUAAUCCAGAUAAAGAUGACAUUCUAAUAUCAGCUCUUCAAACCAUGAAGCAUUUGAAUGACAUCAAAAUGAAAAAUGUUGCUCCAAGAAAGAAAAGAAUCUACACGCACUUUUUUCUAGGAAAGGGCUAUGGGCUAGGAAAGAUCGUGCACAAGACUAGGAUUGAUAAAUUAAUCAGUGGUUCCCUGGACGAACGGCGAAUGAAGUGGCUACAUGGGGACGUAUGGAAUAUUGGCAAAAUACGUGAGGUCUUAAAAAGAGUUUCUGGCUGGACAGAGGACAGGAAAGUGUUUAUAAGGGGGCAUGUCAGGCCAAUUCAUAUUUUGCCUUUACAUUAUGAUUCAGUUCCUCCAGGAAGUGAAAAUGUGACGCUUUAUUUAGGAUUUUCAUUUAAUGGGCUGGUUGCCUAUAACAUUGAGGUUGAAAAGGACAAAAUUCACAUGAGAAAAUAAGGUACAAUAAUUUGAGAAUAUCCUCUCUUCUAAGAAAAGAACUGCAAGAUUUUUAAUGACCUGUUACAUUCUGAAAGUGACAAAGAAAUCAGAUUAUAAAAGGGCAAUGGUUCUUUUUUUCUUAUAGUCAUUACAACCACAAUUCUGACAUAAUUUUAGUAUUAACUGCCAUAUUUACUGUUAUAUAUUUUGCUAUUGUUUUGUUACUAGUAAAUGGAAGUGUCAUAUUUUAUUUAGCAUCUUCAAUCUGUGGCCAUCAUAUUCAGUAUAAUUGCUUAUCACAUUCUGGUCAGUAAAGAAAAAUAAAUUGUUCCAGGAAGAAAACAUUCAACUCUACUGUAAGAAAACUCUGAAAAACUGGUAUUUUUACAUUUGUAAGAUUGUAUAGUAAGAAAUCCAACUGUUUAAACUCCAGGAAAAAAGGAAGAAAUAAUUUGUGGGGAGAUGUAUAAUGAACUUGGUCCAAGAGCUAGAAAGUUUGGAAACACCCUUUAAAAAAUAUCCAAAUGCCAAAACUCAGGAUUGAAGAAUUAUGCUACACUUACAUGUUUUUAAAGUUUGAUUAAUCAGUUAAUACCAUUACAAAUAAGUGGGUAACUCAUUACAAAGUUGAUUUAGGAAAAAAUGGUGCAAGCAAAAUAAAUGCAAAAGGGAAAUCCACAGAGGUUUGGAGAUACAAGGCAAUUCCACCUCCGGAGCAAGCAGCUAUCAAAUUUGUUAACUUUUCCCCUAAAUUAGAUUUCCUGCUUUCUUUCUUGGGUAAAUUUAAAAGGGAUAAGAAACAAAAAGCUCACCGCUAUGCCUUUGGUAUUUUCCAAGGGAUAGGAAACAAAAAUUUAAUUUGAUCUAUAUGUUGCACAUGCAUAUAGAAUAUGCAUCUUCACUCAGUACUUCACAUCCAUGAACAAUAAUGCUUACAUUGAAUAAUCCAGCUCACCUGAGCAGCACACCCUUUGCUAAUUUUAGAGGUGUUCACUAGGAAGUGUGGUGGGAGGGGAAGCAAAGGUUUAUAAACAUUUCACUGCACUUGGCAAAAAGAAUGCGGUUUUUUUUUUUGGUUUUUUUUUUAAUAUAUGGACAAUUUGUUUACAGAUAUAUUUAAAGGAAGUUGCCAAGGUAGGCUGGCCACAGAUUAUCCUAUUGUGUCUUUUUUUUGGAAACAAAUAAGUCUGUGCAGUUUGCUUGGGAUAAGAAAUUAGAUGCAUGUAGGUGUAACCCUGUACAAUUCAAGAUUUUAGGGCACUGCCUGCUCUCACCUUCAAAUUGCCUGGUUUAGGAUGUCUUACAUGCUUACCGAUUUAAUUGUCCUAUUUGUAUAGUCUCUCUUCACUUCUAUGGCAACUCGUUUAUUUUAAAAUAGUACAGCAAUCAUGUUAUAAAUGUAUUGCGGGACCAAUUUGUUUUGCUAAUGCUGCACAGAAAGCUUCCUAUAAUAAAGUAACUAUAUUUUA